AUGCUCGCCUUUACUCCCCACCUCGCCAUGCUUGCCGCCCUCCUCGCCGUCACGAUCUUACCCGCGUCCACCAUAGCCGCCGCCGUCGCUGAAGCUGAAGGAUUUUAUCCGUUUGAAUCCAAUGGCAUUUAUAGAAACGUCAUCGGCGGAGGCAAGAGACAGAUGUUCGAAAGAAACGACAAGAGUUUCAACAACCCACUCGGGGUGCCGGGAACGAUUCAACUCAAAAGCUUAGCGGGCGGCCAUGCUACAGCCCUCGUCGUGCAAAAUUUCGACAACCGCGGCGAGAGAGCUGUUUUGGCCGAAGCGGAUGGUACGAACGGGACGCCAAUGUUCUUGGUCCAAGCACAGUCCACCGGCACCGGGUCCAUUCCACCUGAUCUUAACGCGUUUCCCGGGGUUGCAGUCAAUAUCCACAUAGCACAUGGCUUCGAGUUCCCGACCGACGACUACUACUGCGCCACCGCCAAUCUUGACACACAUCGCGAUUCGCCUUUAACAGUAGAACGCUGCUCCAACUCCAAGGAAGCCAAGGCGGACAAGACCCAAGUUUUCAGGUAUAACAAGCAGACGGGAGUUAUCCAAGCACUACGGCCCACUGGCUCUACUUCGUCGAACGGCGCGCUGCCAACUGGACCCUACCGCGGUCGUACUCUUACUUUCGUCCCUGGUGUAGCGAAGACCGAGGAUGGCAAGGGCUCCUCUUCGAGCGCUGAUGUGACGACGGCGGCGAAUACCGCAACGGAGGCAGAGGCAGAGACGGGGGCAAGCGCACAGUCUGGAUCUAGCACCUCGGCCUAGUGAGAAGCGAUAAGAUAGUGUAGUUCCUUCCAUCCAUGGUCAGUCACUUACGUCUAGUAUACCCAGCAAGUUGGAUCAGAUUUGUGGUUUUUAUUCCUGACGAACUAUCCUUGGCAUCGUGAAAAU